CGUUGUUUUUAAUCUCUUGCCAAAACAGGCCUAAACUCCUUUCAAAGUUUUACCAUCUCCCAAUUCUGUGGAUCGUUAAAAACGAGGCUCUCUCAAUCCUUAUUAACACUCAAAACAGCGAUUCCUCCAAAGUUCACUGUUUCGAGGAUUGUAAUGGAUUCUGCUACUCUGAACACGACAUCAUUUAUACUUUCGCAUAAAUCUCCAUCCAGCUUUACAAAAUCAAAUUUCAAUAACAAUAAUAGGAUUCUGUCUGGGUUUCAUAACUGUGGAAGAAGAAGCAAGCCCAUUUCAAGAACUUGCGCCUCUGUUUCCAAAGACCAAAGGGCUAAGUCAAGUUCAGCAGGAGAUGUGCAUAGACGAAGAAGCAGCCUUGAAUCCCUGUUUUGUUAUGAUAAGGCAAUACCAGAAGAAAGAAUUGAGAAACCUAUUGGGAUAUCUUUGGCUGAAAAAGUAAUUGGAGAGAAUUCCCGAUGCACAGAUUGCAAAGCAAAAGGUGCAGUCCUUUGCACAACUUGCUCUGGUUCAGGCUUAUAUGUUGACUCGAUAUUGGAGAGCCAGGGCAUUAUUGUCAAAGUUCGCUGCUUAGGUUGUGGGGGAACUGGUAACAUCAUGUGUUCAGAAUGUGGUGGGCGAGGCCAUCUUGGACCCAAAUGAUUUGUGUGGUUUUGCUUCUGUUCCUUUUCUUCAAUUUUGUUGUAGCCUUUUCUGUUGUAAUAAUCUUUAAUUAUGCAAUUUUAUGACACAUUCUAGUUAUGUAGCCUGUGAUGUUAUUUUAUUUGGUUCAAUAGUUGUUGACAUGUGAUAAAUUUUCAUGGUUGGUGAUCUGUGAUAUAUUUACAGAAAUGUUUUAUAA